AUGAUUGAAUACAAAGUUGAAACGUGUUAAGUGCACUCUUAAGAAGCUGUAAUUGCCAUCGAUGAAUCUGAGUUAGAUUUAAAAAUAAGAAAAUUAUGUCUAUAAUGCUUAGCCAAAGGAUAUAAGAGAAAAGUAACUUUAAUUAAAGAUUCUAUAAAUUAAGUGGAGGAAACUAAAGCUCAAAUUAAAUAAGAUAGAUAGUGUUAACUCUAAAAUAACUUAGAAUCCUUAAGUAGCCUCGUUGAAAAUAUAGAAUAACUGAAAGAUUUCUAUAUUCAGAAGAUAGAGACAACGAUAGAAUUUGUGAAAAAGUGGAUUAUCUAAAUUUAAAAUAUAGAGGAAGAAUUUAUCAAUAAAAUGUCAUCUCAUGAUUAAAAUGAUCUACAAUAAUUUCUAAGUUUUAUAAAGUAAUAAUAGGACAUACAAAUUAAGGAAUAGCCUUAAUUCUAAAGUAAAAUUCAAGAAAUAUUAAUUAACAUGAAAGAGCCUGAUUUAUUAAUUAAAUGUAAAACCAUUUUAUUAAAUGUACAUUCUAUAUCUACUGUAUUUGAGAAAAAUACUAUAAUUGAAGAUGAAACUAAUGAUUUAAUUGUAUGAUUUAAUAUAAUAAUAUAGGAACUAAAACUAUAAUGUGAGGAUCAUCCGUAAAAACGGAUUAUAUUGCUCGAUGUUGGUUAAGAGAAAACAUGUAGAAAACGUUUGGCUUGCGAAAGCUGCUUAGAUAUUCAUCCUUCAUUACAUUAUAAAUCAAUUACCUAUGUACAUUCUCAAUGGAAAUAGGUAUUAUAAAAAAGACAAGAGAAUAUGAAUAAGAAUUUAGAAUCAAUGCAGUAAAAAGUAGAAUCUAUUAAAAAUAUGUUGUAAUAGAUGUAAAAAAGUAUUAAUUAAUAGUUUGUGGAAUCAAUAUAGAAAUUGACUUCUAAAUUUAAUUAAUAUGGAAUUCAAGUGGAUGAAGUUCAAAGGAAAAUAAACAUCUCUUGGCAAAAAUUAUCAUAAGAAGAUAUAUCAAAAAUUGCUGAAGAAUUAAGUAAGAUUGAUUAGCCCUCUAUUUUUGAUGAUCCUCUAUUACAUGAGUAUACAACCUAAGAUAAUUAAGUUAAUAAAAUUAUGCAAGAUAUUCUUCUAUCCUUGUAAGAAUCUUAAGUCACUCAAUUAAAUCAAUUAAAUCCAUUUAUUAAAGGGUAAUUAUUAUCAAAAAUGGAAAAAUAAUUAUAAGGUACUUAUACUGGGUUAGAUUAGUUAGGAUAUACAUUAAAAGAUAUUGAUACUUAAACAAACAUUAAAAAUAUCAAUUUAUAAUUAUAGAAUUAAGAAAUAUAAUAUUCGAUGUAAAUCUAAAAAGCCAAAAAUAGUAAUUUUAAAUUAGAAUUUUAAACACAAGAAAUAUAAAGCCAAAAUUUAUUACGAGAAAAAGAAAAUUUAAAGUAAUUUACUUAUGACCUAAUUAAAGAGAGUUCAAUCAAAUAAGACUAAACAUGCUGUGCAAUGGCAUUUAAUAAAGAUAAAUCAAUAGUGGCUGUUGGAUGUGAUUAAUAAAUAAAAAUCUUUGAGUUUAAAUAAGGAAUAAUGGAAUAAAUUUAACUACUAAAUAAACAUGAAAAUAAUAUUUCAACUUUAAACUUUAUGAAGAAGACAAAUUAAUUAAUAUCAGGUAGUCAUAAAGAUGGAUAGAUUAUAAUCUGGUUGAUGAAUCAAAAAAAUUAAUGGACUUGUUCAUAAAUAUUAAAUGGGCACUCAAAAGGUAUUACCUGUUUAAUUUUCAAUAAUAAUGAAGAUUUAAUUAUCUCAGGUAGUUUCGAUAAGACAAUUAAAUUUUGGGUUAAAUAGAUUGAAUGGAUAAGCUAAUAAACAAUUACUGAUCAUGAAAAAGAUGUAUAUGCAUUAAGUUUAAAUGAAAAAUAAAAUAGAUUGAUUUCUUGUAGUGAUGAUGAUUAUAUAUUUAUAAUAGAAUUUUAUGAGUAAGAUAAACUGUGGAUUGUAAAAUAAAGAAUAAAGUAAAUAAAUUUUGGUAUUAGAUUAUGCUUCAUUAAUGAUAAUUUAUUCUCUUGUCAAUUAUAUUAAAAAGAUUAAUUGUAUAUUUACGAAUUAAAUAAUUCUAAUGGAUAGUAUAUAAAAACUAAAGAGUUUCAAGUAAGAUAUAGUUAAAAAGAUGGCUAUUGUUUAUUUCCUUAACAAUAUAUCAAAUAGAAAUGCUUACUUAUUAAUAAAAAUGGUUAAUACAUCAAUUUAAUGAAGAAGAAUUAAAAUGACGAAUUUGAAAUGGGGCAGAUUAUUGAAUAUUAAACUAGCCGUAUAUAUGGAAGUAUGAGUGAUGAUGGAGAGUAUUUGAUCACAUGGGAUGAAUAUUCAAAAGAAAUUUAAAUCAGGAAAUAUCAAGAAAAAUGA